CUAUGAUCUUGCCCACGCUGCCACCUCACGAGGUCACAUCGCAACAGUCAGAUGAGCCCACAGCAAACACACCGGCUCUUUAAAAGCGCACACCGUCGCUCGCUGACCAUGAAGCUGCACUCACACUUUUGUUUCUUACUGUCGCAGUCAAUAUGUCCUCACGACGAUCAAGCCAGGAUUCAGAUAUCGCAGAAGUCAUCUGGCCGGAUGAGAUUCCGGCUACACCGACCGAUGCGCCGCUCUCGAUUAGCCCUGUUACAACUGUCAUAUCGCAGGCCCCUUUUGUUGAAUCGCAGCGCGCUGGUCUCACCUCCACCGGAGCUACCGCAAUAGUCUGUAUUUGUGUGGGAUGGGUAGCAGCAGGAUUCGUUCUCUUGGGUCUUUGGAGCGAAAUGUUUUCUGAAGACUCGGUGGUAAACUUAGUCGUGGCGUUCAUUGUCAUUGCGUCUGUAUGCAUUACUCUACAGUUGAUGCCAGGUGGUCAAUUGCAGCCUUAGUUCGGAGACAUCUUACGAGGGAUUGGUGGGGCCGCGGAGGUAUAACAUUUCUCUUCUCUUCACAGGUUUCAAGACGGUCAUUAGCAACAGAGAUGGUGUCACUUAUGCAAAGCUCAUGGUUACUAUCAAAUGCGUAGUUUAAUCGAUGUCCAUUCUACUAAGCUAUAC